AUGGCCGGCCCACCGAAAAAGCGUCAACGGCGUGAGGAUAAACAGGAAGGGGAAUUGCCCCAGAAGAAAUACUAUCGCCAACGCGCGCAUGCGAAUCCGUUUUCUGAUCAUGAUUUGACUUACCCCGAAUCCCCCUCAGCAAUGGACUGGUCCCAACACUACCCAGCCUUCAUCGCCACCGAAGAACAAGAAUCCACAACCCCCAACCCGGCCGACACCACGGACUCCCACCCGAAGCCCAAGAAAAUGACCCAACAAGUCACAAUCGCAGACAUUGGCUGCGGCUUCGGCGGGCUGCUCUUCGCCCUCGCGCCCAGAUUCCCGCAAUCCCUCAUCCUAGGCAUGGAAAUCCGCACCUCCGUCACGGAAUUCGUGCAGGAUAAAAUCACUGCUUUGAGGAAGCAAGCACAAACCACAUCCAACACCUCUCCCCAUACAUCAACGACAACAGAUCAUCCCACAAUGAACGGCUCCUCGGCUCCGCCCCCUCCCUCCUACCAAAACAUCUCCUGCCUCCGCGCCAACACCAUGAAAUUCCUCCCCAACUUCUUCCCCCGCUCCCAACUGCACACCAUCUUCCUCUGCUUCCCCGACCCACACUUCAAAACCCGCAAACACAAAGCGCGCAUCGUGUCCCCGACCCUCAACUCCGAAUACGCCUACGUCCUGCGCCCGGGCGGGAAAAUCUACACCAUUACGGAUGUCGAGGAUUUGCACUGCUGGAUGGUGGAGCAUUUGGCGGGGCAUGCGAGUUUUGAGCGGGUCGCGGAGGAGGAGGUCGAGGGGGAUGUUUGUGUUGAGGUCAUGAGGCGGGAGACGGAGGAGGGGAAGAAGGUGGAGAGGAAUGGGGGGAGGAAGUUUGUGGCUGUGUUUAGGAGGUUGGAGGAUCCGCCUUGGCCGUGA